GAUCGGGUACACCACGUUUAAUGUCUUGUUAAUGGUCCACAUUCACCGAGAUGUGGAGGAACAUAAACCAGCUGGUGUGUAAGACUUUCCACGAAAAGGGGAAUCUGGUAUCCAUCCAUUCAAGCAAAGAGAAUUCAUUUAUAUUUCAACUGAUCACAAAAGUGUUUGGAUUAGCAGACGGAGCCUGGAUUGGAAUGGAUACUCUUACAUCUAAAGAAUUUCGAUGGCAAGAUAGGAGUGAUGUGAAGUACACCAACUGGAGGGAUAUCGAGGACUCCAACUAUUGUGCAUGGAUAAAGCCAAGUAUAACAGACAUGAAGUGGGAGCAAGGUUAUUGUAAUUUCGCGAGGGGAUUCGUGUGUGCCCAACCUGUCCGCACCAACUGAGGUGUGGAGCAGCGAGCGACAGUCACUACACCGGUCACUAUUU